CUCUGGUGUACAAAUGCCGAAAUGGGUCCCAGGCUCUAAGCUGGAAUGUCCCGAAAACCUCAGUUGGCUCCGCGAAAGCAGCUAUCUCUGUAAUGCGAAGCGAGCGGAGUUCAGCUCAAAGCUGCAACCGACCCCGGAGAAGAUACGGAUGGCAGCAUUAAUCCAAAGUUCCAAGAGCUCUCAAGCUGACAGAGAGACUGCGGAAAAUAUAGAGGAAGUGCGGUUCAAGAGGAUCUUCGAUCGUUCCCAAGAUUUUCAUGACUUAUUGAAAUCGAUUUAUACUACCCAGCUCAAGAUCUUGACUGAAUGUGAUGGAGAAAAGCCUGCGUUGGUUCUUAGCGACUGUGCAUAUGACCUUUCGAAAGCCGUCGAAGUUUUACUUGAAGGAGGAGGAGCGCCAGCGGAAUUAGUCGGAAACGAAAGAAACAGCAAAGUCAACCGAACGAAGAUGAGUUUCCCAUGGGUGAUGAUCAAACAUGGGAUGCAGGUGAUGGCGGCCGGCGUGGAAACAGUCGUGGUGCGACGGGGAGAUACGGCGCCUGGCGGCAAAGAAUCAUUUUGCGGUCGAUUUCGAGGUGGGGGACGAGGGCAAGGAGGUCGUGGAAGAGGAGCUGGAGAAACUCGAAGUGGUGUUCCUCGGGACGGCGAUGGCCCGAAGGAAGGAAGAGGAAGACGUGCAGUGAAUGGAUCAGGCGGUGGACGGGGACGAGGAGGUGCACGGGGUGCUGGAAGGUCGCACCGGAGUCAAGGUGAUGUCGAAGGCUUCCCCGAGUCCAUCGACACCUGGACCAACAGUCAAGCGGAAGGCUUGAGGGAAACCUCCGAAUAG